GCGCCAAAGUUCCGAGUGGGAGAAAUGGCGGGUGAUCGCAACAGAGACACAAUGGAGGAUCUGGAGGAUGGAGAGCUCAGCGGCUCCGAUUCAGAGCCCGCAGUGCUGGCAUCUUCAGACUGCGGACACCAGAUGCCUGCAGCAGGAGCCUUUUCAAGUCAGUUUCUUCAGAGCCGAGAUGUAGCACAGACAGCUCCAUCCAUUAGCAGCUACCGCAGCUCCAUCAGGACUGACUCUAGUGACAGCAACUCUGACUCCGAGGAGGAGGCUGCUCUGUGGAGGCGAAAGCGUCAGAAGUGCUCCAACGUUCCAGCCCCUGUGCCUCCUGCACCAUUUGGAGGUCCCAGAGCCUCGUCAGUGCCCAUAGGGCGUAAGGUGAACAACAUCUGGGGUUCUGUAGUACAGGACCAGAGUCAGGAGGCGGUUGCAACCGAACUCGGCAUCUUGGGCAUGGAGGGAGGUGUUAGCAUGGACAGCCGCCAAAGUGAGACGUACAACUACCUCCUGGCGCGCAAGAUGAUGGAAAAGGAGAAGCAGGAGCACCAGGAGGGCAUGGAGGCCAUGUUGGACAACCAGCUAGAGGAAUAUAUGCAACAAGAAGCAGAGGAAGAGAAGAGUGACGGCCAUCUUAAGAGGAAGCGGUCUGCCAAGGAAAGGCUGGGCCCUAGAGCUGAGAUGGACUUUAAGGGGCGUUACGAGAUUACACCGGAUGACCCUGAAGACAGAGUGAUUGAUGAGAUAGCACAUAGGUUAAUGGAGCCUAAGAAAGACUUAAUAGAGCGUGUCGUGAGGGUGAUUGGCUCAAAGAAAGCAAUAGAGCUUCUGUCGGAAACUGCAACAAUUGAACAAAGUGGAGGCCUUUACACUGUGGAUGGCAGUAGAAGGCGAACCCCUGGAGGGGUGUAUCUGAACCUGCUGAAGAACACUCCCAGUAUUUCUCAUGACCAGGUCAAGGAGAUCUUUCUUGACGAGAACCAGAAGGAGUAUAAAAGCAAAAAAGCAGCCAAAAAGCGGCGAAGGCACAUAGUAGCCAAGAAGAUGAAGCAAGCUCUCAACACUUUGAAUCUGCAGGAGCACGAUGAUGUCUCUCGGGAAACUUUUGCCAGUGACACCAAUGAGGCUCUGGAGUCUCUGGAGGACGUUCCUGAGGACCAGCCAGAGCCUGCACUGGGCACAGAGGACAGUCCAGUAGUUUACAAUUCAAAUGACUUGGAAGUCUUCUGAUGCAUGUCCUGAUGUGUAAGUGACUGUUGGGGUAAAUGAACUUACUGUGUUGUUUGUUUUUGUUUAGUUUUAUAUUUUGGAUUAUAAGUCCACAAUCCACAUGUAAGAUGUUCAGUGAACAGCCUUAUGCUUUAUAUCGUUUAAUAACAUCAAUUACAGGGAUGCACUUGCUCUGUGAUUUCAUAUGUGUGCUAGCAUUAAAUGGCUAGUCGCAGAUUAAAGGAACAUUUCGGCUGAAAUUCAAAUCUGUACAGUAAAUCUGCUUAUUUGUGGUGUGUUUUUUUUUUUUUUUUUUUUUUUUUCUUUUCUAAAGCACUGGAGCUACAAAGCUAAUGUUGCUGAUAAACUUAACAGUUACCUGCAUCUUUUUUGUUGUUAUACCUAAUUCAAGCUCCACUUAUAUAUAUAUAAAAACAUUAUAUAAACACACUUGAAUUUUCUGUACACAAUCAAAAGGUCACUGGAUUCUGCGGCGGAGCCGGACUUUAGCACAGCAAUGGAAAAGAUUUGGAUAUCUGUUGAAUCCUUGAGUUUAUCAACAUUAGCCUCAUAGCUCCAGCACUAAACCAAAGAAUCAGAAUUUGGAUACCAGACAUGUCUUGGCUCAUUGACUACAUCUAGGGUGAGUGGAAAAUAGUGCAAAUUUGAUUUUUUGCCAGACGAUUCCUUUAAACUGAGGUCAUUCCCUGUUGAAAAUCAUACCGUUUAUGCACUGUGCUUCUUGCAAAAUACAGUUCAUGGUCAUACUUUGUUUAUGUCUAGAAAAUAGCUCCUUUUUUAAGACAACAGAAACCUAAAGAAUGCAUCCAGGCAGUUUUUAAAAAAAUCCACUAAAGCCUGUUUGGCGUGUUAUUGUAUGAUGAGUAUGUUCAUUCUUAAAGUUGUUCCUAGAUUUGAUGUACUUUAAUACUUACUUUUGUAAGUCUGAGCAAAAUAUUCUGCUGAAUAAGUCACAGUCAGAGAAUCUGUCAUAAUUCUAGUAGUAAUGUUGAUCCUUAGAGAACAUUGCACUUGUUCUGCCUGCCAUAGACUAUUCCCCAAAGCUAACAUAUGCGUGUUGAUGUACACUAAGCACUCGGCAUACUCACUGUUGCUGUUUUGGCAAGGUUGAGGUGUUUACUGAACCUGCCUCAUAAGAGUAAUAGAUUUGCUACUGAAUAAAGAUCAUUUGGAUAUGAAACUGAAAAAUAAAAAAAAAACUGAUUCCUAACA